AUGGAUAGUGACCACGGUGACUUCAGUGACCACGGAACCUCAGUUUUUUUGCACGAAUUAGAAGAAGAUAUAAAUAGCUGGAUUGAAAAAACAAUUCGUGUUGUUGGAACGCAACUUAGUACUGAAACCGCAAUUAUUGAACAGUACUUAAAUCAUUCUAAACAUCGCCUUAUUGUAGACACACGAUCGGUUGAAGAUACCAGUCGAGAUUGUAGUGGUGAUAUGGUUGAAUUAAUAGGAAAACUGACAUGGGAUGAUAUACCUGGUCCUGGAGUAACUUCAAGAUAUAGUCAACUCCCACCCGAAUUUCAGGCAAAAUACAUUUCGAAACAAAGGGUUCCAGUGAUUAGAGCAUACAUUAUGCGUAAUGCUCAAGGAAUAAAUAUGACUUUAUAUCAAGAAGUAAUCAAAUUAAGAAGACAAUUUGAUUUGGAUUUUAAUGCGCUGAUGGAAGACGAAGGAUACGAAGUUAUACACGUUGACGAGGUUGACGAGGUUGACGAUGCAUAA